AUGGUGUUGAAUGGCAAACAACUCUACACCAGUUAUCUAGAUUCUACAAAUACAUCUUUCCCACAACAACGUCGAGUUAAUCCACAAGGCCCGAGAACUCAUACCUCUCCUCCUGUCCCGAGUUUUGUUCCCGAGACGCAGCCUGGUCAUCAUCCUCCACAACCACAUGACGAGAAUGACGAGGAGAAUGACGAGAAGAAUGACGAGGAGAAUGCCGAGGGUGUUACCCCCGAAGAAGCUCAACGGUUCCAAUGUAUGACACUAGAAGAACUUCUCGUUAGUCCCGCACGGAAGAAACUAAGGAGAUUGACGCCAUAUCCUACCGGAAAAGCUUUAUGGGUUCCGUUGGAACGACUAUUAGGAAGAUUGUUGAGCGGGACUUCAAAAUGCCUCACCCGAGUUGGAAAAAGGUCCCUGAAGAGACGAGGAGUAGGUGGUAUAAAACUUUCAUGCAACGAUACUAUUGGGACUAUCAACUAUGAAAUCAACAUACUAGUCCGGGAGAGAUUCGACGAGAAAGCCAAGAAAUAUCUCGCUGAUCAGUUGCCCACUUCCAAAGUUACAAGCGGGAAAUGCUCAGCUGCCCGUCGCACAAAAGGUGACGGGGUGGAGAUGUCGAAGCAUGUCUCGGGCCAAUUAUCUUUUGAGGAACAAGCAUUCUGA